UCCUCGUCAUUCUAUCAUGUGGCUGUAAAGCAACUGCUAAGGUUGGAUGCUGAGAAUCCAGAUUCACAUCGCUGCUUGAUUAAAUUUUUCCAUAAAUUGGGCUCAAUGCCUGCUCCAUUAACUGAUGCUGAAAAACUUGUUUGGAGUGUCUUAGAAGCUGAGCAUCCAUCCAUCAGUCAAUUGCAAGAGAAAACUCUUAGUGAGGCGAACAAAGUUUUCCUUGGUAAACAUGAAGAAUCUUUGAUGCAUAUAGUGGCAGUUGCAGAAAUGUUAUAUACCUUGGAGCAGACCAAGAAACUUGAGGCUGUUAAGUUAAUUGAAGAUUCAUGCAAUAAAGUCAUGCCAAUGAAUGGGGCACUUGGACCAUUAUUGGCGUGGAAACUCAAGGACUGUAUUGCAGUCCAUAAACUCUUAGAAAAGGUUCUUAUUGACCAAGAUGCUGCUUUGACAGGCGGAAAAAAGGAGCAUCUUGAAGUUGUGCAAGCCAUGACAACGCUUUCUUCUGUUGCUUUGAGAUCAAAAUUUUCACUGCCUUUCUAAUCGUGAAAUGCAUUCCUUUGCAAAUGUGUAUAAUUUAUCCACAUUUAUGAUUUUAGGGUUGAAAUAUAUAUAUAUAUAUAUAUAUUUCUUUAAUUUGCUCACCAUUUGGUUGAGAUCUUUAGAGAUAUCUGGCUCCAUAGUUUUGCCCCAAAAUUUGAGGUGCUAUAGAAAAUUUUUGGGUACUGCUGAUGAAAUCUUCUGGUCAGCAUGGGAAGAACACUGUUUUAGAGCCAAUCUUUGCCUUUGGAGCAUGUUGUACUUCGCCCCUUUUAUUAGUUGCCAUUUAUAAACACUGCAUAAUGUGGAAAAUUUUGCUACGGAGCUGACAAGAGUGGCGAUAAAAAAUUCCCAGUUUUGUUGUUCUAAGUCUCGUCUCUUAUGGUUUGCUGUUUGAAUUUUAUUAUGGAGGAAAGGUAGAUAAUUAGCAACAAAAAGUGGAUUUUGAUUGGAUUAUAAAAAUUUAUUAUUAGUUGAAAAAGGUUAACCAAAUCUUGUUGAGA